CGUGCCUGCUCAGUUCUGGCGCCCGCAAAAGAGGAGGUGUGGGAGGGGGGGACGGAUCGGAGAGCGUUCACAGGAAGGAAAGACCAGCCGAAACCAUUGCACUCGCCGACCUUUUUUUCUAUCCGCCCCCUGUUUCCUGCUGGGUGGCCUCUUCCUCUUUCUGUGCCCCUUUCUUCUAUUACCUUUGUGCAGCAUUGGUGAAACUCUAUGACUUAAAUUUCUCUGUUGGCAACUGCAUUUCCUUCAUCCUUUCCGAGGGUCACUUGAGUUUUUUAGGAGCUUCUUUUUUUCAUCAUGAUAUUAUCUUGUAGCUAUAUAAUCCGAAAUUAUAGCAGGAGUUGAGAGAGAGGGGGAAUUACCAGUGGAAUGAUAAAUUCUUGCUUGUGAGAGGUCAGGUUCUAUUUGAUUGCAUGUCUUCUUUUAUACCUAUCCUGCCUUGGUUUAUUUUUUUCUGAAUUUAUAAUUGCAAAUGGAUGUCUCUGAAACAGUCUGUCAGGAAGCUGGUAAAUCACCUCCCCUUUUACCAGACGAUGUUUGUGCAAAUGAUCCUGGACUUGUCAAGCAAGACCAUUCACACAGUUCAUCAUCUCCUUUCUUUGGCAACACUGAAUUGCAACCUGUUGCUCCUUUCAACAGGAAAGCAGGAGGAGAGUGUAGGAUUCAAGUGUCUGUGAUUAUGCCAGUCUAUAAUGCCGAGUCUUGGCUGGAUGAAUGUCUGAAGUCUGUUCUGGAUCAAGAUUACCAAGGUUCUAUUGAACUGUCUGUUUUUAAUGAUUCCAGCACGGAUAAUUCUAUAAAUAUAAUUAAAAAAUGGCAGAUUUUGUUGGAAGAAGCGGGCAUUCAGGUAAUACUGGGAGAGAACUACUCAACUCAUCCAGGUGGAGUUGGCUUUGCUAAAAAUCAUGCUAUUGAUCAGAGCUCAGGGGAGUAUCUCUGCUUUCUGGACUCGGAUGAUGUGAUGAUGCCACAGAGAAUAAGGCUGCAACGGGAAGCUAAUAUUAAGUAUCCAAGGAGUAUUAUAGGUUGCCAAAUUAAGAGAGAACCAGCAGAAGCUACUGAACGCUAUACUAGGUGGAUCAAUAAUUUAACACAUGAUCAGCUUCUUACUCAGGUUUUCACAUCCCAUGGACCAACAGUAAUUAUGCCAACUUGGUUCUGUUCUCGGGAAUGGUUUUAUCUUGUAGGAAGAUUUAAUGAAGAAGGAAAGGGGACCCCAGAGGAUCUGCUUUUCUUUUAUGAACAUCUUCGAAAAGGUGGAGAGGUGUUUCGAGUUGAUGAUUGCCUCCUCCUGUAUCGUUACCAUGCACAGGCAGCCACUAACACAGUUUUAGAGGAAACUAUCUGGACACACCGAGUUUUGUUUCUAGAGGAGAGAAUUCUUAGUAAUUGGACAUCCUUCACCAUUUGGAAUGCUGGCAAACAGGGCAGAAAACUUUUUAGAAGUUUAUCUCCAGCUAAUCAGAACAAAGUGACUGCAUUUUGUGAUGUGGAUAAAAAUAAAAUCACUAAAGGAUUUUACACAUAUGAAGAAUCUAAGGAAACUUCCAAACCCAGAAUUCCAAUUCUUCAUUUCAAAGAAGCUUCCCCACCUUUAAUUAUUUGUGUGAAAUUGGAUCUCACAGAUGGACAGUUUGAGGAAAAUUUGAGCCUAUUGAAUUUGAAAGAAGGUGUGGAUUACUAUCAUUUUAAUUGAUGAGCGUGGUUUAUUGGCAAGCUUCUCAUCAUGAAAUGUACUAGAGGAGAUACAAUAUUAUUUUAGUCAAGAUUCUCUAUAACUCCUCUCAGAAGAAAUAUUAAUCUAUGCAAAUGUUAAAAUAUUAUCUCAAGUCAUAAAAAUCAACUAGAGGUAGUAUAGCAUCAAGCUAAGUGAAUUGAAGUUUAGCUAGUUAAGAGUCAUUCCACAGAUAGGACUCUGCCUGUAUGAAUGUAGCCAAUUCACCUAAGAAAACUCCGGAAUCAAAUUCAGAAGGUGAUAGUGGCAAAUCUUUUCAGUAUUAUUCCCAAGAAAUCCAUAUUGAUGUGGCUGUAAUAUUUUCACAAGUUUCGAUGUCACUUGGGCUGUGGAAGGCAUAUCUUUAGUUACUGGGAAGAACAUAUGGAUUAAGAGGUGAAAAUGGUGGAAGAGCUAUAUGCUUAUAAGAAGCAAAUCAACAUGGAGACAAAUCUAACUAAUGUCACCUAUUUUUCCCCCCUCUUAUUGGUGUCUGGAGUAGUCAGUCCAUUUUCUUUUAGCAACCUACCUUCUCAAAAUGCUGCAGAAGAAUUUUAGUUACAAUGUAAACAGUAAUUUUCAAAUUAAACACAAAAACUGUG